AUGGCUCUCCCCCUGAGAUUCAUCCCCCAGACAAUAUUACCAUACAAACCCAAGUGCCUUACUAGUUAUUACAAACAACUUAAUUUAACCAUCUGGUUUAUACAGGUCGACGCAUUUGAAUAUCGAUCUGCUUCUAUGUCUAACACCGAUCAAACUAAACCCGCCUCUGUCAAGAGUUAUUCGGAAGCCGUCUCGGCCUCUGAAGGUACUCGCUCCGAACCGAGCAAGCAACUUAAGACGACCCCCAAGAGACCGAAAAAGCAGUUCAAGAGCCCAGAAGUCGUACCCUCGGAGUGGGACAGAGACUCAGACUCGUCAGCGAAGAAGGACGGACCUCAAGCUAACUCCGCUCCGGUAACUAAACCCGCUAAGACGACCGCUCCUGUUACUAAACUUGCUAAGACGGUAUCUAAAACUAACAAGAGUGCCCACUCGGCUAAAAACGAAAAAAGCGAGCUAAAAAAGAAUACUCAUCCUGACGGCGCUACGCACGAAGGAGCCGAUAAGAAGAAGACUACUAGAUCGAACAAUCCAUUACCUAGUACCGAUCCCUUCAAAAGCGACGAGAAGGUCGCUAAGCUUAUCGAUAAAGAUUCAAUCAGUCACCUUAGUUUCAAGAGACUCGAUAAGGAACCUCUAGCUGAAACCGUCAAUAACGCUGCGAACAUCCCGAGCGACAAACCACCGAGUGCCAACAACGCCUCUGUUGCGGUAAACCAGCUGUCUGAAGCAGCAAGGACCUUGUUAGACGGUCCCAAGACUUUCAACGAACCGAUCAGUCGAUCGACUCAGAAAAAGUUAGACAACUACUUCGUUCCGCAAGGCCGAACGGUCCGAUCAGUAUCAUCGCGAUCGUCCGACCAUCCAGAUAGCUCUAAUACCUCCUCCUCAUCAAUCAUACAGAGUGACGGUAGCGACCUCGAUAUAAUAACUGGAGCCACCGCCCAGCUUUGGUCAAAGCCAAAGACUUUACCGGCGCCCCUAGGGGACGACAUUCUGCUAAAAUAUUGCCCAGCGUAUCAUCCGCUUCUUCAGGCGGUGAAGCUAAAUCAAGAGUACUUCCGUCGAGCGGAGAGGACGAAAGACGAGGACCUGAAAGUAGUAGCUCUCAGAUCGGCGUCGGAGCUCCAGACCGAUCUACUGCGCUCAAUCGGUCAGGAGGAGUUCCUGAAUAUCUUCAACUGGAAUCCGAAGUUGGAAUUCGACGAGUACCUGAACACUCAGAAGGGCAGGAACUUCCUGAAGGAGAGAGGCGCCGAAGUGACGCCGACCCCUUCUCCGGAAGUCCAAAUGCAACCUCAGGAAACGGGAAUGCCUCAAGCCCACCCUCCAGGGCAGCAGACAGAACAUCAGCCUCAAUCACAGAUGUAUUACCAUCCGAACGGGUAUUACUACCCGUACCCGCCGAUGAACCCAAAUCCGCAGGCUCAAUACUGGCCCCAACAGAGUUACAACCAGGAGUACUCGACUUUCCAGCAGGGGUAUUACCCGCCUCAGCAGAUGGUAAACAACCUAGUUCCCCAGGCGGAACAGUCGGCCCCUCCUCAACCGACAAGAAAGAGGGAAAGCGAUCAAGCUCCGAAGAACAAUCGAAAUCGCCCGCGCAACAGAAAGGCAAAGGGACCAAGUUGGGUCCCUCCUCCCAACUCAAAUCGAGCCCCUCCGGACUCAAACUCAGUAAGCGCCAGGGAGAGACGUCGACGAGCCCAUCAGCUUUCCAUUCACCAGGAAAUGAUAAGACUCAGCCGUACGACUCAGGCUCAGUAUCAGGCGCUAGAGUCCAUGAGAAAUCAGAACGCAGGGGGCGGGAGUCGUCAUCAACCCCGAGAGGACGCACAGACUCCAAGAAAUUAA